AUGACACUGCAACUUAUUUUACAUUUUUCUACCUCCCAGCCCAAUGCAAGGAAGGAGGAUCUGUUUGGCCGUCCUAGUCAGGGCCUGUACUCGUCCUCGUACACAGCAAGCAAAGGCCUGGCCGAGGCCACCCUGGACCGCAGCUGCAUGGAGGUUAACAUGGGCUCCUCUCAGAUCCUACCCACUAAGAUGUCCUACUCAGCCAACYUGAAGAACGUGAUGAGUAUGGAGACUAGUCAGCGCGGCCGAGAGGACCAGCCCAUGGACCAGGAGCUAGUGGCUCCAAAACCAGGUCCCUCACCCCACGACCUAGCUGCCCAGCUGAAGAGCAGCCUCCUGGCUGAAAUAGGCCUCACUGAGAGCGAUGGACCCCCGCUUCCUUCCUUUAGACCCCACUGUAGUUUCAUGGGGAUGGUGAUCUCCCAUGACAUGCUGCUGGGCCGCUGGCGUCUGUCUCUGGAGCUGUUCGGACGCGUCUUCAUGGAGGACGUUGGAGCAGAGCCUGGAUCGAUCCUGACCGAGCUGGGGGGYUUUGAGGUGAAGGAGUCUAAGUUCCGCCGGGAGAUGGAGAAACUCCGUAACCUCCAGUCUCGUGACCUGGCCCUGGAGGUGGACCGUGACCGUGACCAGCUGAUCCAGCAGACCAUGAGGCAGCUCAACACCCACUUUGGMCGGCGCUGCACCACCACACCCAUGGCUGUGCACCGCGUCAAGGUCACCUUCAAGGACGAGCCGGGCGAGGGUAGUGGCGUGGCCCGUAGCUUCUACACGGCCAUCGCCCURGCCUUCCUGUCCAAUGACAAGCUGCCSAACCUGGAYUGUGURCAGAGCGUCAGCAAGGGCAUGCAGGCCAGCAAUCUGAUGCAGCGGCUGAGGAACAGAGACCGGGAGAGGGAGCGGAGGAGUGGAGGGCUCCGAGCCGGCUCUAGGAGAGACAGAGACAGCUCCCGUUUGGCUAAUGUCUCUUCUACCAACCUUGAUCGCGGUUCCCGCAGCACUGACAGCUGUGUUGACAUGACAACUGGGUCGGAGUUCCGAACCUUCAAAUGGAUCAUGGACUCGAGGAGACAGCUGUCCAUUGACACCCGGCCCUUCAGGCCAGCCUCGGAGGGGAACCCCAGUGAUGAACCUGACCCCCUGCCUGCCCACAGACAGGCCCUGGGAGAGAGGCUGUACCCCCGCGUCCACGCUAUGCAGCCGGCAUUUGCCAGUAAGAUCACAGGGAUGCUGCUGGAGCUCUCCCCAGCCCAGCUGCUGUUGCUCCUGGCCAGUGAGGACUCUCUCAGGGCCAGGGUGGAGGARGCCAUGGAGCUGCUCAUUGCACAUGGAAGGGAAAAUGGUGCUGACAGCAUACUGGACCUGGGUCUCCUGGAGGCUCCUGAGAAAGCACAGCAGCAGGAGAACCGUAAGCGUCAUGGCUCCACCCGCAGUGUGGUGGACAUGGAGCUGGACGACCCUGAAGACGGAGAUGACAACGCUCCCCUGUUCUACCAGCCCGGGAAGAGAGGCUUCUACUCUCCCCGGCCCGGCAAGAACACGGAGGCCAGGCUCAACUGCUUCAGGAACAUCGGCAGAAUACUAGGGCUGUGUCUGCUGCAGAAUGAGCUCUGUCCAAUUACCUUGAACAGACAUGUCAUCAAGGUGCUGCUCGGCAGAAAGGUGAACUGGCAUGACUUUGCCUUCUUUGACCCGGUAAUGUACGAGAGCCUGCGRCAGUUGAUCCGUCACUCUCAGGCUGGAGAGGCGGACGCUGUGUUUGCAGCCAUGGACCUGGCCUUCGCCAUAGACCUGUGUAAGGAGGAAGGGGCUGGACAGGUGGAGCUGCUGUCAGGUGGGGUCAAUAUGCCUGUGACUCCUCUCAACGUUUACGAAUACGUGAGAAAGUACGCCGAACACAGGAUGCUGGUGGUUGCCGAGCAACCUCUUCAUGCGAUGAGGAAGGGUCUGUUGGAUGUCCUUCCUAAGAACGCCCUGGAGGACUUGACAGCUGAGGACUUCAGGCUGCUGGUCAAUGGCUGUGGAGAGGUCAACGUGCAGAUGCUCAUCAGCUUCACUUCCUUCAAUGAUGAAUCUGGUACAAAGACCUUGGCCCGUAUUCACAAAGAAUCUCAGAGGGAAAAUGCUGAUAAGUUGUURCAGUUCAAACGCUGGUUUUGGUCCAUCGUGGAGAAGAUGAGCAUGACUGAGAGGCAAGAUCUGGUGUACUUCUGGACCUCCAGUCCGUCUCUGCCAGCCAGUGAGGAAGGCUUCCAGCCCAUGCCCUCCAUCACCAUCAGGCCUCCGGAUGACCAGCACCUGCCCACGGCCAACACCUGCAUCUCACGCCUCUACGUGCCACUCUACUCCUCCAAACAGAUUCUAAAACAGAAACUCUUACUAGCCAUUAAGACCAAGAACUUUGGUUUUGUGUAGAGGUUGACAAACAUGUUUACCUGUUGUGUAAUAUUUACCUAGUUCCAUUUUUGUAGAUUUGUUUUGUCUAUACAAUUUUAUGGAAUUCGAAGAAAAUACAAAGAUGCUGUCGCUCCCCUGGCGGUUAUUUUGUUUGUGUUGUGAACACAGACGGCUUGUUCUUAUUUUAUUUUAAUUUUUUUUAGUUCUGAAGGUAAUAUACAUUCCUGCAUUGGCUUUGUAAAGUUGAAAGCCCUCUGCUCUAUUGGCUUAAACCUUUACUUCCCAGGAAUUUGGCUCGACAGCAAACUGUGUGCCGAAGCUCAGCCAAAGAGGACCGCAGUAGAAGUAUUUAAAAAGUAAAAGUAUAAAAAAAAAAACACUGUGAUUAUGAUUUUGUUCCUUGCCCUAAACAGAAUACUUACUAUCACUGACAGUUCGCUGCUGCCUUGGUGGAAAGUCAUUAUUUUUCUUGUAUAGGGGUAGUAGGGAAUUUCAAAAUAAACUUGGAUGCAAAUUA